AUGGAUAAAGUAAAUACAAAGUGGUGGACAUUUGCUAGAUGGAGUGAUGAAUAUGAAAAUGGAGUUGAUAAGUAUAUAGAAAAGACUUUUGCAUCCAGCUCACAAGGAGAUCAAAUUUGUUGUCCAUGUGAAAUUUGUCACUAUCGUUAUUGGCAUAAUAGGAAUGUUAUUAAAGAGCAUAUGAUUUGCAACGGUUUUGUCCCUAGAUCAGACAUAUUGUUAGAUGUAAGGGAGGACAUCGAAAGAAAAGAUGUAGUAGUUGAUUCUGAUGUACCCCAAUACAUAAAUGAUGUGAAUGAUGACAUAGAAGGUUUGUUAAGUGAUACCUUCAAAGAGGGGCCAAAUGAAGAUGCAAAGAAGUUUUUUAAACUUAUUGAAGAAGGGCAACAAGAAUUGUAUCCAGGUUGUAAGAAAAUGACAAAACUUGCCUUUACAAUUCGACUAUCAAUUUUCAAGUGUGAUUAUAAGGUUAGCAAUGUUGCAGUUGGUGCUUUAUUAGCGUUUCUUAAGGAUAUAUUGCCUGAUGAUGCAAAGCUACCUUCUUCUUUUAAUGAUGCAAAAAAUACUUUAAAAGUAUUGGGCUUGGAUUAUGAGAAGAUAGAUGCAUGCCCUAAUGAUUGCAUGUUGUAUUGGGAGGAAAAUAAAAAUGCAGCGAGUUGCCAUGUUUGUAAGACUUCAAGAUGGAAAUCAAAUGACGAGGAUCAGGUAAAUGAAAAGGCCCAUAAAAUACCUGCCAAAAUUCUAAGAUAUUUUCCCAUCAAGAAAAGGUUGCAAAGGCUAUUUAUGUGCCAAGAGACAGCAAGGUACAUGACAUGGCACGCAAAUGGACGUGAAACUGAUGGACUUUUACAACAUCCUGCUGAUGGUCAAGCAUGGAAGGACUUUGAUAAGUUGUAUCCAAAGUUUUCUGAAGAUCCACGUAAUGUUAGGCUAUGUAUGGCUACUGAUGGAUUUAACCCAUUUCACACGAUGAGCAUCGUACAUAGUACCUGGCCAGUUAUCUUGGUAAAUUAUAACUUACCUCCCUGGCUGGUUACAAAUCACGAGUUUUUAAUGUUAACAUUACUUAUUCCUGGCCCUUCAUCCCCGGGCAAUGAUAUUGAUAUCUAUCUACAACCGCUAAUCAAAGAUCUAAAAGAGCUAUGGGAGGUUGGGCUAGAAACAUAUGAUGCUUCAACUGAUAAGAGGUUUAUGAUGCAUGCAGCUUUAUUGUCUACGAUCAGUGAUUUUCUAGCUUAUGCAAUGUUGUUUGGUUGGAGCACAAAGGGGAAAAGGCGCCAUGAUAAGAGAACUUUUGGAGAAAUUGAGGAGAGAACUGAACCUUUUAGAUUGAAAGGUACUGAAAUUGAAGAUUUACUACAAGAUUUUCCCAAUGACUUUGGAAAGACGAACAAAAAAAAGCACAAUGAUGAUGUUCCAUGGAGAAAGUUGUCAAUUUUGUUUAGCCUUCCUUAUUGGAAGCAUUUUACAAAUCGACAUAAUCUUGACGUGAUGCACAUAGAAAAAAAAAAAUUUGAUAAUAUCAUUGGAACAUUGUUAGAUAUAUCUAAGAAAACCAAGGACAAUGUGUGUGCUCGUCGUGAUCUGAAAUUUCUUAAAAUUUUGCCAGAACUUCAGCCUAUUGAAAUAGAUGACCUUCGUGAAGAGAUCCCAAGGUCACGCUUCUGGAUGACAUUAGAGAAGAAGCGCUUGUUUUGCCGAACCAUAAAGAAAGCAAAGUUGCCUCAAGGGUAUGCUUCUAAUAUUGCUCGUUGUGUGCAAGUUAAUGAGGGGAAGAUAACAGGAUAUAAGAGCCAUGAUGCUCAUUUUUGUAUGCAUUACUUGCUUCCAAUUGCAAUAAAGGCAACUUUACCUAAGGAAGUUGCAACUCCGCUGAUUAGACUUUGUCAGUUUUUUAAAGGCAUAUGGGGUAAAACCAUUGACCCAAAAGACCUUGACAAUCUUCAUUCUCAGAUAGUUGAAUCACUUUGUCAAUUAGAAAUGAUUUUUCCACCUGCUUUUUUCACUGUAAUGGUCCAUUUACCAGUUCAUUUGGUGGAAGAAAUCAGGCUUGGAGGUCCUAUUUGUAAUAGAUGCAUGUAUGCAAUUGAGAGGUUUCUUCAUGAGUUGAAGGAUGAUGUUCGGAACAAAGCUUGCCCUGAGGGCUCAAUGGCAGAAGCAUAUUGGGCUAAAGAGUGUCUUCGAUUUUGUGCUAGAUACAUAAAUCGACCAAAGACUCCUUCAACUAGUGGUAAGUCAAAAACCGCACAACCAUUCCUUCCUAAUAUUGGUCGACCGACUAGGGGGAAAGGAAAGCCCACAAAGAAGAAUCAAUAUGGAUUUAUGAUUGAUCACAUUACAUGGGACCAAGCCCAUCAAUACGUGUUAUUCAACUGUGAUUGCAAGGAAGUUGAGAGAUACAUCAGUGAACACAUGGCAAAUUUAAGCUCCCAUAGGAAACGAAAAUGGGAUAUUGUUCAGAAUCAUAGUAAGGAGUUUAUGGCUUGGUUUAAGGAGAAAGUUGCCUGCAUGAUUCAGCAAGGUGCUGUGGUACCAGACCAUUUGAAAUGGUUAUCAAAAGGUCCUUCUUAUGUGGCAAAAAGGUACACUGGGUACUCUGUGAAUGGAUUUCACUUUCACACUAUGAAGCGUGAUGCAAAUUCUAUAUCACAAAACCAUGGAGUCCAUACCAUAAUGGGAAGUGUUGCUUAUUAUGGUUCAAUAGAAGAUCAAAAUCCUAUAAUGGGAAGUGUUGCUUAUUAUGGUUCAAUAGAAGAUAUCAUUGAGCUAUCAUACCAUGGCCAAUUUAGCGUUGUCUUAUUUAGAUGUGUGUGGUUUUACUCAGAAAUGAAUGAUGAAUUUAUUUUGGUUAAUAAGAAUAGAACCAUUGGUGUGGGAGAACCAUUUAUUUUAGCAUCUCAGGCACGACAAGUUUUCUAUGUGGAAGACUUAACCAAGAAUGGUUGGUUUUAUGUUGUUCACAACCUUCCUACAGAACUCUCUGAUGGUAGGAUGUUAUGUUAUGUCUUGUUUUUUUUAAAAAAAAAUUAUUAUAUGCAAUGUUGA